UGUGUACGUCUGAGGUGCAGACACAUGCAGUAGUGCACCGCGCGCAUGCAAAAUGGUAGCGCGUCUCGCGUUCAUCGCGCUCUGCGUCUGCGCAACGUUUGCGCGCGCUGCGCAGCCAGCCGCACGAAUCUUGAUCGACACUUCAGGAUAUCAUGGAACCACAGUACGACCACAAAGAAGUGAUAUUGCGAGAUGGUCUACUUCAGAGUUGGUGGAAGACCUUCGAAACACCAAGUCCGAUGCGCUGCUUCUGUACACAGAAUAUACAUCGUACGCUGCUGCCGAUCUGAAUGAAUUCCUUAAGAACAUCUCCUCGCUAACUCAAGACACGAUCAAGAAUAUGGAAAACAGGGUCCUGGAUAGAGCUUCAAGGGCGUGUCGUGAUGAAUUCGAAAAGCAUAUAAGAAAAGUAAUAUUCGACUCGCAUCGCGCCGCCAGCUUCAACGGGGAGAAUCACCACAAAUUCUUCCUGGGACACAUGAUCGUAUUCCGGAUGCAUCUGAAUAAGAGCGAAGAUUACAUACGUAGGUGUGAAAGAAUAACUAGAGGUUGUGGAGUUCAAUGCGAAAACUCGCCAAAAAUAAUACGAUGGAAGCGUAUAGCUAUUUGCGAAUUAAAUAGAGUCAAGGAAGAUGUUCUUCAUUCUAGAAGAUUCUACAAGGACUUACUUCUUCAUUCUCGAAGAAAGCUAAAAUGUUUGAGGAGGUUGGCACAAUUGCGAGCCAAGUCGGCAGUCCAGGCGCUGGAACAGUGUGUAUGCCACACUAGUUGUUAAUUAUUAUUAUUUAGAAAGAAUUUAUAACUACAAUAAAUCUAAAAAAAUGUUCCAAAAACAAAUAUCAACCACAUUUUUCUUCUUUCCAAUUUUCAAAAAAUGUAAAUAACUUACGAGUCCGAUAUGUAUGUAUGUAACUCGCCAAUAUAUUAGGUAUUACGAAUAACGGCAAACUUCGCCAAGGCUUCAGAAGCUUAAUAUAUAAGAUAAAAUUAUGAACAAAAUAUAUUAUUAUACCAAUUAAGUUAUUGCUAACAAUAUUUUUAAACAUCUUUCUUAAGGCGAAGACGUUUGAUAUUGCGAAAGGAUUUAUUGUCAAAAUAUAAUUAUUUUAUCUAAUCAUACGAUUACUAUUAAACACAGACGGCAUUAAAUUGGCACAAGGGGGUGAAACAUUGGUUUGUCCUUUUCUUUUAAAUGUCAAAACAGUGAUGUCAGAAAGAGAUAAAUGGGUAUUUAACUAGACGCCCGCUAAACAACCUUUAUAAGUGAGCCAAGUUUGGUUUCCAUUUUGACAACAUUUCCCGUCGUAUGUAGCUAGCAUAAAUAACACAUUAUUAUGACGAAUGAUUAAUAGUAUCAGAUUGCAAUAUAAUAAAUAAUAAUAACAAAAUUUACAAAUAAUAUUAAUUCUAAAUAACAAAAUAAUUUCAGAGGUUCUCCUUAAAGUAGUAUUAUACUGCUUAUUUGGAAAUAAAAUUAAACAUUUGUUACGAACAAAGUUGCGUAGUAAUACUGUUGGUCAUCUCGGUAUUUGGUUUGGAUAUAGGAAUAAGAUACUUUUUGGUCCCUUUAUUUAAUUUUAAGUACAAAGUAUGUUAAAUAAACUUUAAUAAAUUUGACAUCGGUGAGGAUUCUUUAUGAAUAAGUUAAAAUUUGCUUAAUAUUUUUAAUUUAUAAUCCACAUAGAUACAAUUAUCAAUUCAUUUUAAUCAAUUGUAAUAAGAUACGUGUAAUGCCCCACCAUUGUACAGCAAAUAUUGGCUAAAAAAAAUAUUAAAAAAUAAAUAAUAUUAUGUUAUAUUUAAGAAUAGAUAGUAUAAAUUAUUCGUGUCAUAUUAGUAGCAAAAGAAGUGCAGGUUACUGAGAAUAACAAACCUAUAGCCUAUUCCAAUCGAAGUAGGAAUAAAGAUGACGACCCUUAGAUUUACGUACUUUAUGCGAUUUGCUAAUAACUCGCAAUACUGUGAACCACUAAGAGUUUAUGAUUAAUAUAUAAUACAACACCAUUACAUUUAACUACUUAUAUCCAUUUUAAUUUUACUUCCAAAAUUCCAAGAACAGUUUCGUCGACAUUCAAAUCGCCAUUUUUACGCAAAUCCAUAGUGAAUGUCAUAGUUUAUUAACUGUAUCUAUGGUUAUAAUCUUAUGGUUGGAAUAAACUAUACGAUGCUUUAUAAAGUUAUAUGAUUAUUUGAGUAAGAGUGUACGUCUUACGAUCCAAGAACGAUCCCUUACCAGGAGCGUUCGACUGUAUAGUAACAGUUCAGGGAGAUAAUUCUACUAACAUUACGGUUAUAAUACGUUGCCGAUUCUAUUCCUCAUAAAGAUAAACGUGAGCUUAAUAGAAACUGAGGGCAAUUUUAUUUAAAUCGAUUAUAUUCUGAUCAGACAUCGAACCGUAGCUGAAUGGUGUUGGUAGUAAAGGAAAAAUGCAGGACAAUAAUUGUUCGAUUCGAUAGCGAUGAAGUGACAAUUCGUUAGUAGAAUUUUCGGACUAUGUUUUUUCACCUACCUUAUUUUCAACAGUAAUAUUAUGUCCGCCAUAUUUAAGUCAGAUGUACAAAUCGACAUCGCUGCAGUCGUUUAGUGCACUAUAAAAUACGAAUUGAAAAAAAAUCGCUUUAGUCAGUAAAAUAUGUUUUUUAGUAAAAUAAAAAAGUACUUAGUAUCACUGUGAUAGUAUAAAUUAAUUUAUUUAAAUUAGUUAACAACAGUAAUAUUUAGUUUAGUUAAAUUUGAAACGAAAGUACAAUCGUUUUUAUUGUAACUAAUUAUUGUUGUUUAAUUUAUUAAAUUUAACCGAAUUUUAAUAAAAUUUAACCGAUUUA